AUGAGUCAACAGGGCCGAUGGAAGCACCUUUAUAAGGUCAUAUCCAAGCCCGGUCCCUACUGCGAUGACGACUGGGUCGCGGGACCAGAGACAAUCGACACCCUCGAGUCUUCAAAGAUUCUCGGAGCCGGUGGACUGGGCUGUGAAAUAUUGAAGAAUCUUGCUCUAUCUGGAUUCAAAGACAUUCAUGUCAUUGAUAUGGACACCAUCGACAUCUCCAACCUGAACCGGCAGUUCCUCUUCCGCCAAGCUGAUAUUGGCAAGCCAAAGGCAGAGGUUGCCGCUGCCUUUGUAGAGAAGCGAGUGAAAGGUGUCAAGAUCACACCUUUUGUUGGCAAGAUCCAGGAUAAAGACGAAGACUACUAUAUGCAGUUCAAGAUUAUCAUCUGCGGUCUGGAUAGUAUUGAAGCUCGUCGCUGGAUCAACGCAACGCUGAUCGGAAUGGUGGAUCCGGAGGACCCAGAGAGCCUCAAGCCUUUGAUCGACGGUGGAACUGAAGGAUUCAAAGGUCAAGCUCGUGUUAUUCUACCCACACUAUCAUCAUGUAUCGAGUGCCAGCUGGACAUGCACGCUCCUCGCCCGGCAGUCCCGCUCUGUACUAUCGCCACUAUUCCACGUCAACCCCAGCAUUGCAUUGAAUGGGCUCAUCAGAUCGCGUGGCAGGAUAAGCGCAAAGACGAUACUUUCGACAGCGAUGACAUGGAGCAUAUCUCAUGGAUUUACCAUGCUGCUCUGGAGCGAGCACAGCAGUUCCGCAUCCAUGGAGUGACCUUUCAGAUGACUCAAGGUGUCGUGAAGAACAUCAUUCCUGCUAUCGCAUCGACUAAUGCCAUUAUUGCCGCGUCUACAACCUCGGAGGUGUUGAAGAUCGCCACUGGAUGUAACCCUUACCUCGAGAACUAUAUGAUGUAUGCCGGCGAGGAGGGUGUUUACACAUACACCUUUGAGGCAGAGAAGAAGCCGGAUUGCCCGGUAUGCGGCAACCUUGCUCGGAAGAUGGACGUCGACCCCGACAUGACUUUGGGAGCCUUCAUUGAGAGCCUUGGCGAGAGGGCCGAAGCGCAGCUGAAGAAACCUAGCAUGCGGACGGAGGAGAAGACUUUGUACCAGCGAUUCCCACCUCAGCUGGAAGAGCACACGAGGCCCAACCUCCGCCUCAAGUUGCGUGAACUAGUGGAGGAUGGCGAAGAGAUUGCCGUGAGUGACCCGGCCUACACCAUCGACUUCCGCUACAGGCUAGUGUUCAAAUAG